AUGCCUGUUACCUCUUCCACUAUUCCAAAUGUUUCUAUUAUCCCUUCGGUUACUUACAAUACUCCUGUCACUCCUUUUACAGAUUUUACUAAUCUUUAUAUGCUGCUGCAGCAACAUUAUCCUUCUGCACAACUAUUUAAUCCUUUAGUUUUAAACAAAACUAAUAAUGAAAGUGAAGAG